AAAGAUGACACUGAGCUGACACUUGUGAGCCGUGAGGAUGGGGCCAGAUGUCCCUCUGCUCAAUGAUUACAAGCAGGAGUUCUUCUUGAAGCGCUUCCCUCAGACUCUGCUGGGAGGUCCUCGCUUUAAAUUAGGCUAUUGUGCCCCUCCUUACAUUUAUGUGAACCAGAUCAUUCUUUUCCUGACUCCAUGGGUGUUGGGAGGAGUAGGAACACUGUUGUACCAGUUAGGCAUUAUGAAGGACUACUGCACCGCAGCGCUGUCGGGAGGACUGAUGUUUGUCACUGCACUUGCUCUCCAGGUGACAAAUCUGUAUGCCAAGCAGAAAACAGUGACAGUAGAAAGAAUGCAAAUUCAGAGUACCCUGACAGAUGAAGAUGAGUUUGAAUUUUCCAGCUGUAUAGGUUCAGAGACAGUAAAAUUUAUUAUUCCUGGCAAGAAGUAUAUAAUCAACACUGUAUUUCAUUCCCUUCUGGCAGGGGUGUUGUGUGGGCUGGGAACUUGGUAUUUGCUGCCAAACAGAAUUACCUUGUUAUAUGGCAACAUUGGAGGAACUGUUGUGAUCUUUGUCUUUGGAUGGGUCACAGUAUGUAUAGGAGAGUAUUCACUGAUCAUAAACACAGCCACAGAAACAGCCACGUUCCAAGCACUGGAUCCCUAUGAAAUCACUGCUCUGAUGAGACCUUUCUACAUAUUUGUCUUUAUUGCAGUGGAUCUUGCACACAGGUUUGCUGUCAACGCACCCAUUCUAGAACAGACAAACCAGAUUUUGCACAUCCUAUUUCUUUUUCUGCCAUUCUUGUGGGCAAUGGGAAUUCUGCCCCCGCUCGAUGCACUUGUUCUGUGGGGAAUGGAACAACUCUUGGAGUUUGGACUAGGAGGUUCACCUAUGUCAAGUAACACAAAGUUGUUAGUAAUGUUUCUCAUUUCUGCUGGAACAGCAAUAGCACCGUAUUUCAUUCCCAGCACUCUCGGUGUGAUCCUCUUCAUGACUGGAUUUGGGUUCAUACUGAGUCUUAACCUAAGCGAGAUUGGUUUUGCCUUCAAGCACACCAUGAUCAGCCACUUAGCCUCCAGCAAAGCUAAAAAUAUGCACAGAGGUCUUAGGAUGCAAUUUGGGUGGAACCAAUUUAUUUUCUAUUUGACUGUGCUGGUGUUUGCCUUCCUAGAAGUGAGUCUGCUGCAGCACUUCGCAGGCUCGGCCUCAUUUGCCCGAACCAGUCCUCAGGCCAUAGCAAGUUACAUUCUGAUCCUGUUACUUGUAAUUGUGUGGAUUCUUAGAGAGAUUCAGAGAGUGUACUUGUUUGGAGUCUUCCGAAACCCCUUUUAUCCCAAGGAUGUCAGGACUGUGACUGUGUUCAUGGAGAAGCAAAGAAGGCUAAUGAAAGUUGGUGUUGUCAGGAGGAUUUUACUAACACUAGUGUCUCCGUUUGCUAUGAUAGCGUUCCUGUCACUAGACCGUUCACUACAAAACCUUCAUUCUGUGUCUGUUUGCAUUGGAUUCACAAGAAUAUUUAGGAUGGUCUGGCAGAAUACAGAAAAUGCCUUACUGGACAUAGUGGUGGUGUCAGUAAUACAGAUGUUGGUGUUUAAUCCAGACCUGUGGUGGAACAGAAGCCUUGAUACAGGAAUCAGACUCUUGCUGGUUGGGCUCCUGCGGGAUCGACUGUUCCAGUUUGUGUCCAAGCUGCAGUUUGCCACAGCAAUUCUCCUGACAUCAUGGACAGAGAAAAAACAGCGCCGGAAAUCCACUGCCACCUUAAUCACUCUCAACGUCGUUUUCUUCCCGAUCCUGCUGACCCUCAUUGCCAUCUCUGCCCUCCUUUCCUCUCCCUUGCUGCCUCUCUUCACUCUGCCUGUGUUCCUGGUUGGCUUCCCAAGGCCUGUCCGGAGCUGGCCAGGGCCUGUGGGCACCACAGCCUGUGUCUGCCCUGACACUGUGUAUUACCAGCAGCUGCUUCCCAGCCUGGCUGGUGCUCUGCAGGCUGCACUGGCAGCUGGAAGCCUGGGUCUCUCUCUGCCUGGAUCACAUUACUUGUGCCGCUUUCAGGAUAGACUGAUGUGGAUAUUGGUGCUGGAAAAAGGCUUCACCUACUGUGGUGUUAACAUUAAGGGACUUGAACUGCAGGAAACAUCCUGUCAUGCUGCUGAAGCUCACAGAGUUGAUGAAAUUUUUGAAACAGCCUUUGAACCCCAGGAGCACACAAAGAUUCUCUCUCCCAAUGCCCAUUUUGGACACAUUCUGACUCCCUGCACAGUGGUACCUGUGCGUCUGUAUUCCGAUGCCAGAAAUGUCUUAUCUGGAAUAAUUGACUCUCAUGAGAAUUUAAAGCACCUGAAAGAUGAUUUCAUCAAAGUCCUCGUGUGGAUGCUUGUCCAGUAUUGCUAUAAAAAAUCCAAGACAUGGGAAAGCCCAGACAGUGCUGACAGGAACAAGAAAGGAUCAUUUUCAGAAAAUCAGCCCCGAGGUGCAGUGGGAAGAUCCAGGGCUCUGAGGGAAGAAGACAGCUUUAGUGUUGAUACAAUCAAGGACUGGUCUGAUGAAAGUGACAUUUUUGAUUUUGAACCCAGUGACAGAAGGAAAGACAGAAAAGAACCUGUGCAGUUGGGACUGACACCAAAAGUGCAUCUGUCUAUUCCAGGGUCUGUAGAAAUGCAGAGCCAAGACUUCCCACAAGAAGUGUCACCAGAAGACAAAUUAUACAGGACUGUGGUGCUUGGGCUGCCUGCUGUAGACAGAGGGAAACAUCCAGAAGUUCUACCUCAGGUUGAAUUUAGUUGUUCUUACUCAGAGUUAUUGAGCAUCCCUGAAGAAUGGAGAACAGCCCCUGUACCUCCCUCCAAAAUCACUGAAAUGAGACAGAGGUUUCCAGAGGAAUGGUACCACUUUGUUUUGAGUCAGCUGGACUUUUUCCAUCUGCCAGAAAGGCCUUCCAAUUUACUUGCAGACCUGAUGAAAGAUAAAGCUUUGAAAGACUUGUACAUCCACGGAGUGUUGUCAUGUUGUUUUGGUCUGUUUGGGCUGGAUAACACAGUGCCUGCCCCCAGCCAUGUGUUCAGAGCCUACACUGGUGGCAUUCCCUGGUCUGUUGGUUUGGACUGGCUAACCAGCAAGCCAGAGCUAUUCCAACUGGCAUUAAAAGCAUUCAGAUACACUUUCAAACUUAUGGUUGACAAAGCCAGCCUGGGGCCAGUGGAGAACUUCGAGGAGCUGGUUAAUUACCUGGAGGAGUAUGACAGCGAUUGGUACAUUGGGCUGGUGUCAGACCUGGAGUGGCAGCAAGCAGUUCUGCAGGAAAAGCCAUUCCUCUUCUCACUGGGGCACGACCCAAACAUGGGAAUUUACACCGGGAGAGUCCUCACUCUUCAGGAGUUUUUAGUGCAAGUGGGAAAGCUGAAUGCUGAAGCUGUCCGAGGUCAGUGGGCCAACCUGUCCUGGGAGCUGCUCUAUGCCACCAACGACGACGAGGAGCGUUACAGCAUCCAGGCACACCCUGUGCUGCUGCGGAACCUGACGGUGCAGGCUGCAGACCCGCCCCUGGGCUACCCCGUCUUCUCCCAGCUCCUGCACCUCCCGCUCCUCUAG